AUCAGAUGGAGUUCGUCGUUGGAGAAAAGACUCGCUCCAUGUGAUAUCGAUGCAGUGAGCUUAUAAGGAACAUCGGCUAUGGUCGCGAAGAUACGACAGAGGGUGCACGCCAAGAGCUCCGAGGUUCAGGCACCACCCCGUCGUGGACUCCGACGACCCCUAAAUUCUAAAACCUAUUUUUUCUAUGGAGUGUUUGUUUUGGGGAUCGUAUUGACCGCUACUGUGCUCGCUCUGUACUUCCUCGAUGUCUUCACUCCGGCGAGAUUGGCGUACGCCAUUAUGUUCGACGCGGGUUCGACCGGUAGUCGAAUCCACAUUUUCCAAAUCCGCGUUCAAAAUGGAGAGUACAAAUUGGAUAACGAAACCUACGAUCGCGUGUCGCCGGGACUCAGUGACUACGCCACGCAUCCCAAAGACGGCGCCCUGUCCCUCAAACCAUUGCUUGAUAAAGCUCUAGUCAUCGUGCCCGAAGCGGACUAUCGCUACACUGAACUUUCUUUGAAAGCUACGGCGGGACUGCGCUUGCUGCCCGAACUCCAACAACUCCAGCUCAUGUCCGAAGUUCGAAAAUUCUUCGCGAAAUACCCGUUCAGAUCGGACAAAUCUUCAGUCGACAUCAUGGAUGGCACACACGAAGGGUUCUACGGAUGGCUCACGGUGGUCUUCCUCCUGGGGCGGGAUCUCUUCUCCAACAACAUAGCCGCCCUCGAUCUCGGCGGCGGAUCGACACAAAUCACGUUCAUCCCCGAAGAGUCGACUACAUUCAACAUGACCGACCACAUGCAUCGAAUGAAGAUGCCUGGAGGCAGCCACAUCGACGUGUAUACGAAUUCUUACCUCGGUGGAGGACUGAUGUACGGUCGGACCGAGAUCUUGAAGAAGAGCAAGACCUUCGAAAACCAAUCGCUCUAUCUCAUAGAGAGUCCGUGUAUUCAUCCGGAAGCCGGAGGAGACGGAGACCUGUAUUGGCAGUAUUAUGACUACAAUUACACGGUCCGACCCCAUCCCGAGGGUCAUUUCAACUUCCUUCAUUGUUACGAGAACGCCAGAGAAGUCAUCCAGGAGACGCGGAUAUUCAAGCCCAAAGAACUCAGUAGUCGAGAUAUGUUCCUAAUGUCGUAUUAUUACGAUCGAGCUGUCGACACCGGUCUCAUCGAGGAUGGAGACGACGGGAAACUGCUUCAGGUCGGAGAUUUCAAAAAGCGAGCACAACAUGAGUGCCAGCACAGAAGCCAAGGUCUCAUCUUGAACGAGUUCCUAUGCACGGAUCUGACCUACGUAUACGCUCUCUUGCACGAUGGACUCGGACUCCCGGACUCCGCAUAUAUUUGGGUUGUCAAAAAACUCCGGGGAUCGGAAGUGAGCUGGGCUCUCGGUGCUGCACUGAGCGGUAUUCACCUGUGAUACUUGAGUUUGCCAUAGGAGCCGGAGGAUCUGCUGCGGAAGGUCACAAUGGAUGAGAUCCCGCACAAUAUGACGGAAAUUCCAUAGUGAUCGUGUGCAGCCUUUGUGUGUGACACGAAGCAAUCUCUGGAGCAAGGCUGAUGGUUGUCUGUUCAGAAUUAAACUCAUGGAAUCUGGAACAUGAUAUAGAAUCGAAAUUCUAAUAAGGAAUCAUAGUAUUGAAUGUACAG